UCAAGUUUUGGCGACACAAUUCGCGAUCGUCGGCCAUAAUCAAACAAAAGUAUUUUUACGGGAAAUUAUGGACGUUUGACGUUUUUUUUUUAAAUAGUUUUCGGUGGUGAUUGUUUCGAAAAUAAUUACAAAUGAGUGCUAAAUUAGACGUAAACAGACGUGUGUUGGCUAUUCAAGCCAAGAAAAAGCGACACAAGCCCGGGAAAAAGAAAGGCAAGAACGAAAUGAAUGGUCACGGCGAAAAUCGAAUUCAUUCAAAACAUGAACCAUCUCAUAGCUCAAGUAAUGAGACCAUCGAGUAUGCCGACGACCCCUACACCAGUGACGAGGAAGAACAAGAAGACAGCACAGAUUACCGAAAGGGCGGAUAUCAUCCUGUUAAAAUCGGCGACCUGUUUCUUGGAAGGUACCAUGUUACGCGAAAACUAGGUUGGGGUCAUUUCUCCACUGUUUGGCUGUGCUGGGAUUUGGAGGAUAAACGAUUUGUAGCUUUGAAAAUUGUUAAAUCCGCCGAACAUUUUACCGAAACAGCUUUAGAUGAAAUAAAAAUUCUGAAAGCUGUAAGAGAUUCUGACCCUUCGGAUCCCAAGAGAAACAAAACUGUUCAAUUGUUAAAUGACUUCAAAAUUAGCGGAGUCAAUGGCGUACAUGUUUGUAUGGUAUUUGAAGUGUUAGGCCAUCAUUUACUAAAAUUAAUCAUUAAAUCAAAUUAUCAUGGAAUUCCAUUAGCUAAUGUACGUACUAUCAUGAGACAAGUACUUGAAGGUCUUGACUACUUACACACAAAGUGUAACAUCAUUCACACUGAUAUUAAACCUGAAAAUGUACUUGUAUGUGUAUCUGAGGAGUACAUAAGAAGGUUAGCCUGUGAGGCAGCCGAAAUGCACCAAUUAGGAUUAAAAUUACCAACUUCUCUUGUCAGUACUGCCCCUCCACAAGAUGUGAUACCAGGAAAGAUGAGUAAAAAUAAGAAAAAGAAAUUAAAGAAGAAAGCGAAAAGACAGAAUGAGUUGCUUAAACGUCAAAUGGAACAAAUUAUUGAGAUGGAAGAAAAGAAAAAAGUAAAGGAAAAUGGAGAUAUCAAUGGAGAGCCAGAAUGUAAUGGCAGCAAUCCAACAGAAGAAGUGUUAGAAAAAUCUCUUAAUGGUGUUGAUGAGCUUGCUGGUGGAGAAACAAUUGUUGCUUGUGAAGAAAAUAUUGCUGAUCCAGUUGUAAUUAUGUCUGAAGAUGAUUCACCAUCAUUAACCUCUAAAAGUGAAAAUAAACUAGAGCUCGAUCCUGCUUUUGUUGAAUGUGAAUUUGAUGUCAAAAUUGCUGAUCUAGGUAAUGCUUGUUGGGUUGAUAAGCAUUUUACAGAGGACAUUCAAACCAGACAGUAUAGAUCGUUAGAAGUUUUACUUGGAGCUGGUUAUAACACCUCAGCUGAUAUUUGGAGCACUGCCUGUAUGGCCUUUGAGCUAGCUACAGGAGAUUACCUUUUUGAACCACAUUCUGGUGAAGACUAUUGUAGAGAUGAAGAUCAUUUGGCCCAUAUAAUAGAACUGCUUGGCAACAUACCAAAAAGAAUUGCCCAAAGCGGAAGAGAUUCUAAGUUGUAUUUUAACAAAAAGAAUGAACUUCGUCAUAUUACUGGACUAAAACCAUGGGGUCUCGAAGAUGUUUUGACUGAAAAGUAUGACUGGAGCAGGCAAGAUGCAGCAGAAUUCUCAUCAUUUCUAAAACCAAUGCUGGAUUUUGAUCCUGAAAAGCGAGCUACAGCUGCAGACUGUUUAAAGCAUCCGUGGCUGAACAAAUGAGCACAUGCUCUCUGUAGGUGACUGAUUACAAAAAAUUAUAUGCUUAAAUGAAAAAUCAAUAUUAGUGCAUUUUAGCCCGUUUCACAGUUACUUUAAAAGAAAUGCAUUAAUGACAGCCUUACUAUUUCAUUUUUGUUCUGACCGGUUAAACAGGGCCUUUGUUUAAUGUACAUAGGAUUUGUAAUAGAAAAAAUUGUGAUGUAUGUGUUAAUAGACAAUAUAAAUGUCCCUUAGGCUGCCUUUAAAUUUAUUUAUAAACUGUCAUAUUUAUUUUGUUACUUUAGGACAAUCUAACUGACCAAAAUUAGGGAUAGUUUAAACUGCCUUAUAUUGUAUAUUUUUUAUUAGACGCUUUUUAGAUGUUUGAGCAAUAUAGUGUAACACCAAUUUAAAUUUAUGAAAAUUUUUAGAACAAAGCAGUAGUGUAUGAACAUAUUGUUUAUUUUGUUACUGAUGUUAAUGAGUAAUCAAAAUUGUUUUUCUCAAGUUACCUUAAUAUUAAAGAAUACGUCCUUAUUUUUAAUGUACCUAUCUAACAAAUGGAACAAUUUAUAUCAGUUUGUUCAUGCACCGCUAUAUAACUAUACCAAUAUACAUUUAAACUAACGCUUAUAAAGAUAGAAAAGGGAUAGUAUCCCGCCUUAUAAAGCAUUAUGUGCUGAUACUAGUAUCCAAGAGUGAGAACAUUCUCAUAUAAAUUGUGAAAAAGUCGUUUAAAAUUAUUAUACUGACUUGAAAUAAACACCAAAUGAUAAUUGGCUUCCAAAUUCCUAUUUUUGGACAGUUAAAUAAAAAUAUACAUAUAUCUACAUAUAUGUGUUAAACACGUAGAUUAUUAGUAGCCCGGGGAUGUGUAGAUGGAACAUCUGCCCAAAUAUUAGAAAACUUAUAUAUACAUGACGUUUGUAGUUACAUAUUCGAAUCAUCAGUUCCAUACUAGAGCACCAACAUCAAUAAAUUUGUAUUUAAAACGAUUAUAUUAAAAAAAAAUUAUACAAUGUACAUUGAAUCUCUAAGAAGUAUACAAUUACUUGAU